CGUCUCUUUGCACGUUCGAUCGGAGAUAAAUUUAGCUCAGCAGACAUGCAUACGUUGUCAUUGAAUUUUAAGAUUCUUCAAUUUUAUGGAAUGUGGCGACCCUUGAUGUGGUCUUCUGGUUGGAAAAGCACAGUUUACAACUUGUACACGACGAUUAUGGUUUCGUGCUUUUAUACGUACGCCUUAACGCUGUUCGUCGACCUCGUCGUUUCAUCCGAAAAUGUCAAAGAAUUCACUCACGGUUCUUACAUGUUUCUUUCGAUACUUGCGGGCUGCGGUAAAUCUGCGAACGUUAUAAAACAACGAAAAAAAAUAAUCGAUAUAACGAACGUACUACAGAACGAUCUCUGCAGACCUCGCAAUGACGAUGAAAUCAAAAUUCAGACUGAUUGCGAACGGGAUGCUAGAUCCAACACUUUAUGGUACUCAGCCCUCGGGGGGAUAACAGUUUCUUUGAUUAUACUGAGAUCGUGUAUUGUGGAUAUACCAGAGCGUAAUAUGCUCUUCAAAAGUUGGCUUCCCUACGACGUCAAAUCUUCAGAAACAGGUUUCUUGCUCGCCUACAUCCAUCAAGUAAUUGCUCACUCAACUGGAGCUGCAAUAAAUAGCACAUUCGAUACUCUCGUGCCUGGCUUCAUGAUGGAAACUUGCGCUCAGAUAAAAAUUCUCAAAUAUCGCAUAGAAUCUUUGCCACGAAUUGUCGAAGCGAGAAGAACGCUGGGGCAUGAAACGAAUGAGGAAUCUGUACGGGAGCGUCAGUCUCUAGAGAUGGAAUUGCUCACCGAAUGCAUAAGACAUCACGUCCAAAUAUUUCAGUUGGCUGACUCUGUAAACGAAGUCUUCAGUAACGUGGUUUUUCUCCAAUUCGCUUUGAGUUCUCUCAUACUUUGUGUGAGUGCCUACGAAACAUCGGCCAUGAAGCUAUUCAGUGCUGAGUUUGCUGCUCUCAUGCUUUAUCUGUGCUGCAUGCUCGUGCAGAUAUUUGUUUAUUGUUUCUACGGUGGCGAACUGACACUUCAGAGCGUGGACAUCUGCGACGCGGUUUAUCGAAUGGAUCAAUCGCUUCUGAGUAUCAGAACGAAAAAGAGCCUCGUGAUGGUGAUGAUGAGAUCUUUGCGACCGAUCACAUUCACCUGCGGCCACAUCAUCACGGUCUCCAUCGAUUCGUUCAACCAGCUCCUUAAACUAUCGUAUUCGGUUUACAACGUUCUCCAACGAGCGUCGGAUGAGAUGGAUACGCUGUCGUUGAAUUUUAAAAUUCUUCAAAUUUAUGGUAUGUGGGGAAGCUCAUUUUGGUCGGUUGGCUGGAAAGCGAUGGUGUACAACAGUUACACCAUCGUUAUGAUCUCGUGCUUGUACUCGUUCGCUUUAUCCGAGUUCAUCGAUCUUCUUGUAUCGUCCGAAAAUGCAAAAGAAUUUGCUCAUGGCUCUUACAUGUUUCUGUCGAUAUUGGGAGGGUGCGGGAAAUGCGCGACUGUGAUAAAACAACGAAAAAAAAUUAUCGAUUUGAUGAAUAUGCUACGGAAUGAUCUGUGCAGACCACGGAAUAGCGAAGAAGUUCAAAUCCAGGCCGCUUACGAACGCGAGGCUAGACUUAUUACUUCAUGGUUCUCUACUCUUUGCGGGAUAACGGUUAUUUUAAUUACGUUAAAAUCGUUAAUUCUGGAUGUACCCGAACGCAAUACGCCCUUUAAAGGUUGGCUUCCUUACGAUCGCCAAUCUUCAGAAAUCGGUUUCUGGCUCGCAUAUUUUCAUCAACUGGUUGCUCUCUAUACUGGUGCUGCAAUCAACAGUACAUUCGAUACCCUCGUUCCUGGUUUCAUGAUGCAAACUUGUGCUCAAAUAAAAAUUCUAAAGUACCGCAUUGAAAGUUUACCACAAACGGCUGAUUCAAGGAUACUACAGCAUGAAAAGAAUCACGGAGAAUAUUUUCGGGAAUGGCAGUCUCGUGAGUCUCAAUUACUGAUAGAUUGCAUAAGGCAUCACGUCGAAAUAUUUCAAUUUGCUGAUACCCUGAACGACAUCUUUAGUAACAUAGUUUUCUUCCAAUUUGCCUUGAGCUCUCUCGUACUCUGUGUGAGUGCUUAUGAAACAUCGGGCAUGAAACUUUUCAGCGCUGAAUUUGCUGCUCUCAGCUCGUAUCUGUGCUGCAUGCUCGUACAGAUAUUUGUCUACUCUUUUUACGGGGGCGAAUUAACACUUCAGAGUGUGGACAUAUGUGAUGCCAUCUACCGAAUGGACCAAACCUUUUUGAGUAUCAAAAUCAGAAAAAAUCUGAUAAUGAUGAUGAUGCGGGCCUUACGGCCAAUUACAUUUACCUGUGGAAACGUAAUCACGGUUUCCUUAGUUUCGUUCAACAAGCUCAUUAAGCUCUCGUAUUCGGUUUACAACAUCCUCCAAUAUAGAAUGGAUAUGCUGAAAUUAAAUUUCAAAAUUCUUAUUUUCUGUGGAAUGUGGCGACCAUCGACGUGGUCCGUUGGUUCGAGAGCCGUUUUUUAUAACUGCUACACAAUACUCAUGGCCCUUUCUCUUUAUACGUUUCUUUUGUCCCAAUUGGUCGGUCUCAUUUUGACGUCUGAGAAUGCUGCAGAAUUUUCUCAUGGUUCUUACAUGUUAUUUGCUGUUAUUGCGAGCAGUGGAAAAUCUUUAACGGUGAUGAAACAACACGAGAGAAUAAUUCAUCUGAUGAAAGUGCUUCGGAAUGAUUUAUGCAGGCCUCGUGACAAGGAGGAAAUGAAAAUUCAAGCCGAUUGCGAACGUGAGGCUAGAUUCAAUACUUUCUGGUACUCUGCUCUCGGAGGGACAACAGUUUCACUGCUUACACUGAAAUCGUUGAUCGUGGAUAUACCUGAACGCACCGUACCUUUCAUAGCUUGGCACCCUUUUGAUCUGAAAACCUCAAAAGUCGGUUUCUGGCUCGCAUAUUUUCAUCAACUGGUUGCUCUCUAUACUGGCGCUGCAAUCAACAGUACAUUCGAUACCCUCGUUCCUGGUUUCAUGAUGCAAACUUGUGCUCAAAUAAAAAUUCUAAAGUACCGCAUUGAAAGUUUACCACAAACGGCUGAUUCGAGGAAACUACAGCAUGAAAAGAAUCACGGAGAAUAUCUUCGGGAACGACAGUCUCGUGAGUCUGAAUUACUAAUAGAAUGCAUAAAACAUCACGUCGAAAUAUUUCAAUUUGCUGAUACACUGAAUGAUAUCUUCAGUAACAUAGUUUUCCUCCAGUUCGCCUUGAGCUCUCUCGUGCUCUGUGUAACUGCUUAUGAAACAUCGGGCAUGAAACUUUUCAGCGCUGAAUUCGCUGCUCUCAGCUCGUAUCUGUGCUGCAUGCUCGUACAAAUAUUCAUUUACUCUUUCUACGGUGGUGAAUUAACACUUCAGAGCUUGGAUAUUUGUGAAGCCGUUUAUCGAAUGGAUCACGUUGUUUUGAGUAUCAGAAUCAAGAAGAAUCUGGUAAUGAUAAUGAUGCGGGCAUUGCGACCAAUCACAUUCACCUGUGGCAACCUCAUCACUGUGUCCCUUGUUUCGUUCAAUAAGCUCAUUAAACUUUCGUAUUCUGUUUAUAACCUUCUCCAACGAACAACAGAGUAACUAUAUCAACAUAGAUAUUAAGUAGAAUAACAUAAAUUUAAAAAAUUUCACAGAACAGCAAAACAAUAAUUUAAGUUCAACUCUGUGAGUAAUUGUUUGGA